AUGGAACUAGAAAGUAGACAACAAUAUAUGAUAGAAAAACAAAACGAACUAAAAGAAAAACUAAAACAAUUCAACAAAUGUAGAAAAACAUGGAGUAGAAUAGAUUCUGUUUUCAAAACAUUAAGUACAGUUUUAACAGUAGGGAUAACGGUGGCAACAGCCGUAACCGGUGGAUUAAUGCUUCCAAUAAUUGUCCCAUCUGUAUUAGCCGCGUUCACUGCCGUUCAAACUUCAUCUUGUGGAUUUAUUACUUUAGGUUUUACAUCAAAAAAGAAAGCUUAUUAUAAAAAGAAAACAGAAAUUUUAAAUACAUAUCUUAAUAAAUUAUUCAUUUUUUUCGAAAGAUCGAGAGAAGAUAAGAACAUAACAGUUGAAGAAUUAGAAACAAUUGAAAUUUUAGACGAUGAAAAAUUCAUAUCAAAUGAACUUUUUUCCAAUGUUAUUAAGCUUAUCACUGAUGAAUUUUUAACAUUUAAAGGGCAAAUUGAAGUAGAUGGAGAGAUAAUUCAAGAUGGAGGACACAAACAAUACAUGCAAUUUGUAGGUUUUAAUGCCAAAACUUUUCGCAAUUUCUUCGCAACAGUGGAUAAUAAAUCGGAUGCUUCUGAUUGGUAUUUCACAGGAAAAAUGAUUUUACGUAAAAACAAUUUCAAAGAAAUAAAAAGAUCAAAAAAGGGUAGUGGUGUUACCCUACUCAAAAAGAUAAAUGAAUAUAUCGGUAUAAAUUGUUAUAUACCGAGCGAUGGAUACUGCUUUGUAAAGUGCGUUAAUCGUGUUUUAAACGAAGACUACACGAGAGAAUUUCAAGAUUUCAUCAACAGUUUUUCAAAAUCAAACAGAAAAGGUGUUAUGACAACUGCUAGAAUCUGUGAAUUCAAUAAGAAAUUUAAUACUAAUUUUCAAAUUUAUAUGCCCAAACAUAGACAUGUUCAACCAAAGAAAGUAUCCGAGGAAUUAGAUUGGGUAUUUUACUUACAUAAAUCACAUUUCUGUCUCAUUAGAAGAAAUACCAAAACCUUAAGCAUUACAGAAAUAGAAGAUAAUUACGAUGAAAACGUAUGGAGAACUUGUAGAGAUGAUAAUGCGAUAACGCAAAUUUCACCUCUAAAACUAAACGUUUUUCCAACCAUUCACGAUGAUUGUUUAUACGCAUGGAAUUGCGAAACCUAUAGCGAAAAAAAGGCGACAGAUUUAAAGGCGACAGAUUUUAUAAUAAAUUAA